AUGAAAUUAAUUCUAUUAUUAAAUAGCAUUAUACCCAUACUUUGCCUAAGAAUUGAUAUUGAACCAUCAAAAAAUAACAGCAAAAGUGGAACAGGCUGGCAAACUUGUUCUUCCUGUGACGCUCAUCAUCCCAGAAAUUCUAAACAACUGUUGCUAGAGUUGGAUCUAUUUAGAGACCGGGUGGAUUUUCAAUUUGAAACCAUGAUAGCAAAUUUAUCUAACAAAAUUUUAAACAUUGAGAACAAUAUAGACAUUUCAGCCAGACAGAGCUUAGAUAAGGUUAGGGAAUCACUACUUGAACUUGCAGUUAAAAUUAAAUCUUCGCUCAAACAACAAUUAGAUGAUUUUAGGGAUAUCAUCACACAAAAUUUCAAGCGUAAUAAUAGUGAUAAUUUGGAAAUCGAAAAAUUUUCACAAUCACUAAAUAAAUUGGGGAAAUUAUCCAAGGAAUUUACCACUAACGGUACUGGAUCAUUAGAAAUUUUAGAACUAUCAUUGGCUAGGGACUACAAAAAUGAUAUGGCUACUAAUGAUAGUGACAAACCACUAGAUAUAGAUGCAGCUGAGGAUUUUGUUUUCAAAACUGUACCACCAAAAGCGAUUAUUAAAAUGCUCGAAACAUUCAAAUCAGACAUGACCACAGAAGGAAGUAAAUUGAUUCACAAUGUUGACGCCCUAAAGCGAUUAAUUGAGUGA